AUGGCGCAUAAUGCCCGAGAGAGCAAGUUGGUCUCCAAAGGCGAUCAGUACACGUUUUCAUGGAAGUUGUACUCUACAUGGGACUUCAUGAUUGGCAACGCGGAAACGGCACACAACAAAUUUGCUGCAAUUGCCACAAGCUUCAGGGAAGCAAUAAUAGAAGAAGAAGAGAAGAAAAAGGAAGACAACAGGUACCUUCUCAUUUUUCUCCGCAUCCUGGCUAACAUCUUCGUGCUGGCCGUGCUGGGGGCCAGCGCCUACACUGUAUUCCUAGUCGUGGAGCGUUCCCAGCACUUCGAGCAGAAGGUCAAAGAGCAAGGCCCCGAUUCCGUUAAUUGGUGGGAGGCAAACGAGGUAGCCAUUGUGAUGUCAUUGAUUACACUGCUUUUCCCGUCUCUGUUUGAGCUGAUUGGAAUGAUGGAAAAGUACCACCCCCGGGUCAACCUCAGGUGGCAGCUGGCAAGGAUUUUAGUGCUGUAUCUGCUGAAUCUUUACACGCUAUGCUUUGCGUUGUUCCACAAGAUUAAUUUCCUGAAAGAGCAGUAUGCCGAUAACGUCUCGUCCAUGCAAGCGGCCAAUCUAACAUGCUUCCAAAAGAACGAAAGCACCUUUAACACAUCCUGUGCCGAAGCUGCCGCCUCUCAGAGGGUUCUGUUAGACACCUGUUGGGAGACUAUGGUCGGGCAGGAGAUGGUGAAGUUGACCGUGUUUGACCUGUUGACCACAGUUGGUGGAAUAUUAGUGAUCGAUUUCUUCCGUGGGCUAGUGGUCAGAUACGCAAACUUCUGCUGUUGCUGGGAUCUGGAACGGAAAUUUCCAGAAUACGGGGAAUUUAAGAUAGCAGAAAAUGUGCUGCACGUGAUCUAUAAUCAAGGGAUGAUAUGGAUGGGAACGUUCUUCGCGCCUGCCUUACCUGCAGUGAAUAUUCUAAAGCUGUUAAUCUUGUUUUACGUCCGGAGCUGGGCCGUUCUAGUAUGUAACAUACCUCACGAGAGAGUAUUCAGGGCGUCCAGAUCGAACAACUUCUACUUCUUCCUGGUAUUGGUGAUGUUGUUUCUCUGUACGUUUCCAACAGGCUAUGCCGUGGUGCUGAUAGAGCCGUCACCGCACUGUGGGCCUUUCAGUGGACAUAAAUACAUGUAUUCCGUGAUAACCGACACUAUACAGCAGGAGUUUCCAGACUGGUUGAUCAUGGUAUUUGACUACGCCUCAUCUCCGGGGGUAAUCAUUCCAGUGUUUUUAUUAUUAAUUAUGAUUAUUUACUACUUAACGUCACUGUCCAGAUCUUACAAGGAAGCCAACAACGACCUGAAAGUACAACUUCAUUACGAGAGAACCGAAGAGAAGAGAAAAAUAUAUGCCAUGGCAGAUGCCAAAGCAGCAAAACUCCCUGCCAACAAAGCGUCAACCCCGAACUCAAAAUCAGCAGACGACACCAAGGUGUCUCCUACGGUUCCUGGGGUCAACAUACUGCGAGCCGUGAGCCCGUCAGCAGCACUGGGGGUCAGUGUCAAUGUACUACGUGGUGUGACUCGGCAAGUGCAACGCCCCCAAAUGCAGGACCAAGGACAAGAAGAUGGUGCCCGAGGCAGAGCCAGACUCCAGUCAUUACAUUUGAAUGAAUUGUAAAGAAAAAUGUUGUGUCAAGACCACAGCAUCACAGCAAUAACACGUUCUACAUAUAAAUAGUGAUAUAGUUUUCUCAUUGUCUUUUUUAAAGAAGUGGUAAAAACGAAGUGUCUCAUAGAUAAAAUAUAUUGACACUUUAGAUGAAAAUGUAUGGCCAAAUUUACUUGUUGACCACAGUCUUCUUUUCACAUGCCUCUCUAGUUGCUGUGCUACGUUUAGGAUAUUGAACAUUUGGCAUGUUAUUUAUUCAUCUAUUUGUUGAGAGUCUCUGAUUAAGCCUCAAAUUUAAAGAUACAAUGUAAAAGAAUUUAGGAGGAAAAAUGCACGCUGUACCCUGCAUAUUACUGUAUAAUUACAUUCAAGUAAACAGUUUUAACAGUAUCUUUUCAAAUUUUAUUUUUAUUUUGUC